CACGAACACGACGAAAGAUAAAGCAUAUGAGAAAAAGAAAAAUUUUGCGCCGUCUAACGAUAAGCUGUCAACAACAACAAAUGACAAGGUCGAUUCCAGUUGUAUCAGAGAGAGCCAUGUAUUUCGCAAUCGCGCUGCAGUACUUUAUCGGCGUGCAUGCUUGAUGCAGUUUGGCCUUUUUGAUGCAAAUGAAGUGCAGAUGCAGAAGGAAAAGGACGACAACAAGAGGAACGACAACAAGAAAAACGCCCUUCACUGCCUCGACUGCUUCGUCAACAGCUGCCACGAUGAGACGACCGGCGCCACAGGAGCUGCCCCUGAAGAGAUUCGCCAGCAGCUACCUUCGAACGCAGUGAAUUUUUUGAAAGCAACGGCCCUGGACCCCACACUCCCGGCGCACAUGAGAAGCAAAGCAGAACGUCUGCUGGGUGAGGGGGGAUGCAGUUUGCUGGAUCGAACUUUUUUGUCGUUUCAUGCCGAAGACAAACGAGACGCCGACCGUGCCGACUUCGCGAUUCUACGCGAGGAAACAACCUCCAAGGGGUCGUCUUCCCCGGAUGACGAGUUCGCUUCAACAGUUGCGGCAUCGUCCUUGACGAUGAACACCAAGGAAAGUACAAGUAGCAGCACCAGUGAGCAGCUGACAUCGGCAGCUCCAGAUUAUUCCCCUGCGUGGCGCGACGCCAUUUUUUCGGGAGCCGAAGUAGACGAACGAGCAGACGCCCACGAUCCCUUGAAGAUGACGGGCGCGCUAUUGCAAAUGCACACGCGCUGGGAACGGGCGCGUGCAGCGGCAGGGAAGAAGCGUGAUUUCACAGACAUCAAGCAGCAACUCAAAGGGCUCUCCGAGGCUAUUGUGGUGGAUGCUCGACACGGCCAUCAACAGUUGAAAAAGAAGAACUGGGACGAACAGCUGGCCGACCUGCGGGGCAAGACGCGCGCCAUUCUGUUCGAGCGGGGUAAAUCAGUGAUGGAGGGAGAAGGUGGAGUGACCGUUCUGUCCGAGCAGAAACUAGACGAGUACGUUUCCCUGAAAGCUCAGUCGUUCGGGGUACUCCAUCGGGCGUACGAAGACAGUGCAGCGAAAACCUCCGGGCCGCAGGCCGGGAAACUCGGCGAAGGUGAGAACGGGGAAGGGGCUGUAGCAGGCGAGGCUGGUCCGGCAGUUGGUGCGGGUGAAAAGAAGAAGAAAAGGAGCCGCGCGAACAAGAAGAGAAAAGGCAAAACUAAGACCGCCGGAGGUAAAAAGGCUAGUAGCACCGAAGAUACUAGUAAAAUGAACGAAGCCACUCUUCAAGCGAACCAUGAUAGUCGCGCGGAUGACGAAGACGCUGUGUUGAGGUCCAUUGACGCAAAGCUGCAGCAAGAAUCGCGGAUCAAAGGUUACCUGCAAGACAGUGCGUUGUUCACCGCCAGUUUCUUCAUCAUGCCAGAAGACGACCAUUCUCCCGAUCGUGUGGUGGACGCGCACCAACUUCUGCUCCUAACAGGUUACGACAUGAGUCUGUGUGAACGAGCCUGGCCUGAGUGCAUCGACCUUGACAACGACCCUUUCUAUACCCUUUUCGUUCUGAUGUACGCGCAGCCCCCGGGACCUCGAACGGACGCAGUCUGGGGACGAUAUCUGCAGGAAAUGCAGGACGGAAAACAAACGUCCCAGCGCUCUUACUACGCUUCCGGCCAAAAAGAUCACUUUUUGCGGUCGACCGUACUUGAUCCAGGAACUGUGUGCAGUAUCUACGCCUGGCGCAAUCUGUUGACCGGUCCACACCGCCUUGCGGCCACCUCAGCGAUUUGCCGGGACAUUGCUACGUGCUUGCGGCUUCGAACCAGUUCCGUGUUUUUCUGCGAGUUUCUCGCACUACUUCUUGCAGUCGAUGAGCAGCGCAAUGAAGAGAACCCGCCCCCCUUGUCCUCGAGAACGCCUUCCGACGCCGCGGACGACCUGCGACGCUCCUUGUGGGGAAGAAAGGUGAUGACAGAGAGUGAUGCACAGACGCUGCGCGCGCUGGAAUUAGACUCGACGCCAGCACGGAUCUUCGUCAUCCGGGCCAUCAAAUCGAAAGACAUUUUGUUUUACGUAUUACCGGAGAUGGACAGCAGCAGGGCCAGCUACAGAACGCACUUUAUCACAUGCAGUUUGCAUGCUAUGCGCCUCAUCGCCCUACAGCUUCGAACGUUCGGGGACCCUGACUACGGAAGAACUCCGGACAACGAACCUGCUCCCAUUCUGGAGGGCUGCGGAGGUAAAAAGGCUCUGGAGACGAAAGAGGCCCAGGCCCUUUAUGCGGAGGUGCAAAGACGCGCGCAACAGGAUAGCGAGUGGUACAUUCCGGAGUACGAUCUCAUACUGUAUUCCCAAGACAGUAGGAUGGUAUUUCGCGUCGACGAGGGCGUCUACGCGACCCUCGGGCCGAACCUGAAGCUCUCCGCCGAGCUGCAGGAAGAGUUUUCGAAUGCAUUGAAGAAGGGUUUGGCCUCGCGGGAGAAAAAGGCGAACGGCGUCAAGUUCAUCGGCGGUAUUGCGGAAUUGAAAAUCAAUGGCGACGACCGGCUCUGGACGGACACCCGGUAUUUUGAGUGCAAACAGACUGCCGAAAAGCAAAGAAAAUCCUUCGCCGGCUGUGGCGCAGCGGCCAGCAGUUCCGCGUCUUCGACGGGACAAAACAAGCCAAAGAUCCUCCUUGUUUUUGACCACGACGACAACCACAUCGGGGUCAAGCGUGUUGCAGAGCAGAGUCGGGAAAUGAGGGAUGUCGAGUGCCCGCCCGCUCCGAAGCGGCAGAUGCUGGCCAGCAUUAAUGAAAAGCGCGCAGCGAUGGAAACCUGCUUCAACCGAGUGAAAGCCUAUCCGACUUUCGUCGGAGAGGCCCUGGGCCUGCGUGAAGAUCAAAAAACUUUUGAAGAUGCUUGCUGCCACCAGUAAGAAAGAAGGGCAGUUGCAUGCGUCUAAACAAAAAAAGACCUCCUCCAGCUCGUGGAACGGCCUGGCUUUGAGCUACUUUUGGCAUUUCGACGUAGU